AUGUGGUAUCGCCGGUAAUAGCCGAUAAGUCAAUUGUAAUCUAAAAUAAAGUGAAAGGAAGUUUAUCCUCUCUCUAGAUCGAGAACGAAGAAGAAUAUCACUUGUUUCGUUGAGCAAAUUUUGAUAAAUAGAUAACAUUAUUAUAUGUUAAAGUAACAGAAAUUAUAUAUAUCCUUGAAAUGAGUUUCAUUGCUAAAUUAUCGCGCAUAAAUAAAGUUAUUUAUUAUACUUUUAUUAUAGUAUCUUUUUCGUUAUUAUAUCCAUUAAAUAUUGGAAAUAUAAUGUUCAUUCUAUUAUGCAUAAUUUGUAUCCAGAUUGAGAUUUAUUUAUUUAUUCAUCUAUGUAUAUAAUCCAAAAGAACAAGAGAGAGAGAGAGAGAGUAAAUUUAAAAAAUUAUUGUUUCACAAUAAGAGAUAUAUUUAAGAGAGAAAACAUUUCUCUUCGACAAAAUUUCGAUUCAAUGACAACGCCGCGUUUUGCUGUAUAAUCAUACAAUUAUUUUCACAAUCCUCGGGAUGCCCAAUCGAAUCAAAACAAGCGUUCGUUUCUCCGCGCGAACAGGCGUAAAUAUGCGCGGGAGCGCAGCAAACACAUCUUCGCGGGUACCGUGACCGACGAUGAAGAACGAACGUCCUGGUGGGAGGCAAAACUCUCUCUCUAGAGCUCAGCUGAUCAUUAAAGCUGCCGUUGGCACAGUCAAACUUUCACGCUCGGCGAUACGCGAGCUUCGCGAGCGAGCUAUACACCAACGCUAUCGAUUUCAAGGUCCGCGCUUCCGUGCUCGAUCCGGCCGCGAAGCGAGACGAGAAAAAGCGCGAGGGAGAUCCGCUGGCUAACCGCGUGUUUCGAAAAUAAAUUGUCGACAUAAAUCGAAAAGGCAAAAAUACCGACAGAAAGUUGGCUGGGUACACCAGGGGAUAGAUAUGUCGCAGUGGAAAUCGAGUCACCGUAACUGAAUUUCUUCGCGAAUCAAUUCUGAUUCGCGCUUGCUGUUUACACUUCACCGAUAGUUCUUGUGUACCGUCGACUGUCCGCAGCGAACGUAUAACUAUUCGUAUUCGAUCAUUUCAAAUUGCUCGGAAAGAUUGUUCGUGUGUGGGUGUGGCGGUCGUUGAGUUGCAAAUUUUGCGAGUACGGAUUUGAUAAAUUAUCGCAGACAGAAACGUUAAAGAGCUGGGGUAGAGAAAAUAUACAAGAAUAUAUUAGAAUACACAAUUACCUCUCUCUGUUUACAAAUUAAAUCGGCGAAGAGAAAUUAACUGCACUUCAAGAUAUAUUCAGUUUGAAACGAUUCGUUCAUUUACAUAGUGUAUUUCACGCGUGGCAAGAAAUAUCUCAAUUUCGAGAGCAAAUGAAAACAGAUGUGGUAAUGAUACGAGAAACCAUGAGAGGCGGGAAAUAGCAAUAGGAUAUUUCCAGGAUCGAAUUAUCACCACGGGCGAUCCCGCAUACGAGGCGUGCGUUAUUAGUGAAAGUCGUGUACAGUUUGAAGAUCAAGACUAGCGUCGCCGAGGAAUCGCGUGAAAGGGGUAAAGAAGGUCAGAGGAAAGGAAGGAUUAAGAGAUCUUCAUCUGGUCGGAGAAAGGAAGAGAUAAUUGAGCGAAAAUUGAGGGGCGGUCUCGACGACGUUCGAAUUUCAACGCAUGACACACACACACACAACAUCGGUAGACGCGGCGAUUUAAAAAGUUGUACGCCUUGAGAGUCGCUCGUCAUCUUCCACAGUACAAUACUUCUCCUCGAAUAUUGGAUCGGAAAAAGAAGUUCGAGUACUCUUAGACGAGUUGCUCGACGAGAGAAAGGAUCCGCGGAAGAGAUACGCGAAACCACACCAAGUUCUUCGAGAGCUAUCAGGAGCAAAAAGAUUCGCAAACAACUUCUAGAUCGGAUACUUUUGUAAAACCGCGACUUCGCAAUCGUUGUACCGGAAAUAAAAUGCAGUCGAUAAUAAAAAGAUAUUUUUAAUCGUCGAUUUUCGCAAUUUGAAGAUAUUUCAAGCGCGUCGUGAUUCAGCGAGAAUUUAAAAAGGGGGAAAAGAGAAAAACGAAGUAUUAAAGUCUCUUGAAUGUAAAAUAUAUACAUAAAUAUACAGAUCAAAAAGUGCAGUAAAGAGUGCAUACAGAGUGCAGUGAAAAGCAUCUCUGAUGCUGGAUACUCUUUUAUGUAUAAUUUUCCAGCUUUUAAGUCACAAUAGAAUCAAUUAUGAACGAAUUAAAUGUAUAUCUGUUCUUUGAAGAUGAUAACAAACCUGAUACAUGUUGGCGAAAUUUGUAGAAAAUUGAUAGAUAAACGGAUUUAUAUAAUAACACUCAGUAUAUAUAUUAUAUAUAUUUGAUAAAAAUAUUACAAUAUUCUUUUCCGCUAUAUGUUACGACAAUUGUCAUCUCGAGAUGGAUAUCAAAAAGGUGUAAGUAAGAGUUUAAUGAUAAACUUCAGGAAGAUCAUCAGCCAUCUAACAUCUUUCAGCAUUUGUAAAGAUACCGAAAAACAGGAAUUUAUGUAUCGAGGAAGAAAGCGAGAUUGAUCAAGAGGCCAACGAGAAAUAGCUUCUUACACAAUCGACAAAUUCUAUUUCCUCUCAACUAGGAGGAGAGAGAUUAGAGAAUAUUUGAUUUCCGGUUAACCUUUCAUUCGAAAAAGUCAAGAGAAUUCCAUUUAUUUAAUGAAAUCUUGCAGUACAAAGAAGAUUAUUGCAAAAGACCCCGGCAGUUCGACGAGUAAACCUGACGCACAAAGCGAGAUGGCAUCUUUCAAACCAUUCGCGCUUGCCGGAAGCGAAUGAGAAUUGAAAGAGACGAACGCGCGUAGAGUCUGGAGUGGCUGCGAUUCACUAUAGACAUUCAAAUUUCAGGCCAACUAUCUUCUUUUCGACGGUGCAUUAGAAUGACAAUGACUUGUUUAACUUGAUGAAAUCACCUGUUUACAACUCGAAAGACCGCUCGCGUUUCAGACUAUUAUAUUGGUGCGGUUUCGGGAGGGAGAGACAGAAGCGAUUCCCAAAACGCGCGAGAAUACAAGGCGGAGGAUGCGCGCGGAAUCCGCCGCAGUCACAGAGACGACCGGCGAUCGGUUGGGACGCCUUCGCAAAACGACUAUCACGGAACGAUCGCGAUCACGACGCGAUUUAUCGGUGCCGCUAAUUGGAGCAUAAGGAGAUCCGUUCACCUCGGUCAAGCGACCGGAAACGAUCCGUGGAGAGAAUACAGAUUCAUCGGUUUCUCGCUUCGUCGAUGCACAAAAGAGUUCGUGACGAGAGGGACGCGCCUUCGAGCAUAACGUGACUAUGUCCGCGGUGCAAGAUCGCGAGACGAUUGUCCCUCUUUGUUGAGAAGGUAUCGCGCGCGGUAUCGGUACCCUCGCCGCGUGAUAAAAGCGAGAAGGACGUGUCUCGGUCGAAGCGAUAAGACGAUUUCCGACGAAGAUGACGCGCCAACUCGCCCUCCUCCUGGGCAUCUUUGUGCUGAUCGAGCCCCUGCUAGGAUAUGACGUUUUAUUGGCCACCAUGGGUGGUACCAAGUCUCACACGGUGCCCUUUGUCGCCCUUGGUACGAGCCUGAGUUUGCGGGGCCACAACGUCACGCUGCUGAGCGCUUUCUCUGGUCCCGCAGCGAAUAAUGGGCUUCACGAGCUGGUGCCGUCGAUCCUCGAGGCUUACGUCGAGAACUUCACGUCCGAGUGGGAUCUGGUGGGUGCCAGAUUCCGGAAUGAGCUCCCGAUCUCACCAUGGGACGCCAUGAGGUAUGGCUGGGAGUCCUGCGAGGCAUUGUUACGUGACGCGGCGUCGACAGCCGGUCUGAAAAAACCGGAUGGCAAUCCGCGCGCGCGAUGGAAUGUCGCGGUGGUCGACGGCGCUUUUCCCGAGUGCCUGCUGGGGAUCCUCCACGGCGAGAAUGUACCGACGAUAAUGCUCAACACGGUGGCAUUGUACAGCGGAUCCAUUAUGCGCCAAGGCAAUCCGUCACCGUGGUCGGUGACGCCGUAUUUCGGCAAAGCGAUUACGCAAGAUAUGAACUUUUUCCAAAGGGUCUUAAACGUGGCGGCCCAGUUCACUUUGAAAAUUAUGCAUUGGAUCACAAUUUCCGUUUACCUUCGGCCAACUCUUCAGAAAUAUCUCGGUGAUCAAAUACCCGACGAUCUGUAUAGUUUAACGGCGGAGGUUCCUUUGACGUUGCAGAACAGUCAUUACACCGUGGCCGAUUCCGUGCCCUACUUGUCAAAUGUCGUGAACGUGGCUUGCCUUCAUUGUAGACCGGCAAUGCAAUUAAAUUCCGAUCUGGAAUCCUUUCUGCGACCUGGUUUCGUGUUCGUCUCGAUGGGAUCAUCGGUGCAGGCUUCCGGAAUGCCGGAGGCUCUACGGCAGAUCUUCGUCGCCGUCUUCUCCGCGCUACCGUACAACGUCAUCUGGAAGUGGGAGGGUGCCAAGAUUAAAGAUCUACCUGCGAACGUGAGAACGGCUGCCUGGUGGCCGCAGCAGGAGCUACUCGGACAUCCCAAAUUACGCGCCUUCGUUUCCCACGGCGGACUGUUAUCCCUCCACGAAGCAGCUUAUCACGGCGCGCCGACCCUGAUUCUGCCGGUCUUCUGCGAUCACGAUGGAAACGCGGCGCAGGCCGAAAAAUUAGGUUACGCUUUGGUAAUGGAUUUGGCCGGUAUAUCCAUUAGUGCACUUCACGAAGGUAUACUUAAAGUUGCCGCACUUCACAAUAAUUCUUAUCGAGAGGCAGCUAAAAAGCGAAGCGCGUUGCUUCGCGAUCUUCCGAUUGAUUCCAGAGAAUUGGCCACGUGGUGGGUAGAACACGUCGCCAAACAUGGAGGAGCCGAUCAUCUGAAGAGCUCGAUCAGAUACAUGAGCACGUUCCAUUAUUAUAGUAUGGACGUCGCAAUAUUUUAUAUAUCGAGUUUAAUUCUGAUAAUUUACGGACUCAAGAAAUUAUGCUGGCGAGCGGUAAUUGGUCAGGAUGUCUUCAAGAAGAAAAUAGACUAAGCUAGAUAAUUUCGUGGAAAAUCUUUCGCCAAAAUUUUAUUUAUUAUAUCGCGCAUUAAAUAUGUUUAAUUGGGACAAAAUGGGAAUUAUAAAAGAGAGACUAGUUUUUCGAUCGGCACACAAUCUUUUUUUUUAAAGAUCUCUAAUAUAUUUUUACGAAUAAGUUAUUUGUAACUGUAAUAUAAUAAACUUGUUUAAUUUAGACACAUUGUCUAUUUACCUAAAUAAUUUUAAGAAUUUAUAUAGGUACAAAUAAUAAAAUACUUUUAUGUCUAUAUAUAUUUGUUUUCGCUACGAAAUGUUUUAAUUACUAAUAUAACAGGACUUUACCGGAAGAUGUUAUAGCUGUGUGGCGACUAAAUGACAGCUACUAUAGCAGCAAUCGUGAUAUCGCUUUCUACAUUAUCUACAUUUUUUUCUAUAAAUAACAAAUUAAAUUUUAUACACAAGAUGUUCAUUAUU